UAAUCCUGCUCGCAAAUCCGCAAGCAUGUAUUCAAACAAUUUCAGUGGAGCCAGUCAAGAUUUAAAUGACGUGUUAAUAACGUGACAGAAUGAAUCGUUGCAUAAAUAAGCAGCUCCGCCGGCUGCGGGAUGUGCCAACAUUACAUCACCGUGUCACCUCGGCGCGUGUGCACGCUAUCACUUUAAAGUGACGUUUCCUUCAUUUCAAUAUAUACACAUCUCACAAAUCGCGCAUUUCCGUUGAAGAGCUUUUUUUUUUUUUUUUUUUUGGAAAGAGGGGGGGGGGGGUCCAGCUGACCGCUGCUGUCUCUCUCUCUCUCUCUGUCAAGGAGACCAGGAGGGGGGAGGAGACUGGGGCUAAGCUGUGUGUUUGUGCAUGUGUGUGUGUGUGUGUGUGUGUGUGUGUGUAAGAGAGAGAGGGAGAGAGAGAGGGAGGUGGAGGAGGAGAAAGAGGGGGUUGGCUUUAGUGUGAUGUGAAUGGAAUCGAAUCAGCCCGAGAGGGAGGGAGGAGGACAGCACACAUCAACCUGCCUCUUGACUUAGCGAACAGAAAAGAGGCAGACAAAUUGGGAAGUGUGUGUUAUUGUUUGCUGUGUUUUUUUCUUCUCUUCUUUAUUUUGGGACAGAGGAAGAGAGCAGCAGACAGGAGGAACUAAGCAAAGUGGAGGAGGUGCAGGAGGUGAGCCAGCCCCAGCGUGGAGAUAGAUAGCAGAAAAAUGCUGCCAUGGGGAGAGAAGGGGAGGGAGUCGGCCGAGAGGAAGAGGAUGAAACGCGACCGGGUGGAGCGGAGCUGAAAUGUUGGAGGCGCUGAAAAAUCAGUGGAUGCCAUGUCGGUGGUGCGGACAGGGCCUCGUCUAAGAGGAAGAAGACUCAGGCCACAGUGAUGGUCCACCUCAGUCUGCAGGAAGCAACUCCCGGAUCGCUCCCAAAACUCGCUGCCGCGCACCCGGCUGAGCCUUUGCCGCAUUCUCAGCGCUCCGGGCUUCAUCGUUCAUUGACACGCCAGAGCUACCGUGUGUGCGCACUUGAGGCCAUUUCAAGUGUUUUGAAGCAGGACUUGAGGUGUCGCUUUCACUGAGCGGAGGUUCGUCUUCCAAGAGUUGCCGUCUCACGUCUGCAUCAUCCUGGGGAUUAUAUCAUUGGAUCGGAGGUCAUCGCCCUGACAGCAUGCAGUCCGACGACCUAUUCGUUCGCAAGUUUCGGCGCCAGAACGUGCGGCCGCCUGUCGCGGCCGUCAACUUUGAUCCCAAACGGGAGGCGGGCGUGGUGGAGUGGCCACCCAGGAGGGAUGGAGACGGGUCCGACGGAGACAACCUGACCCCGAGCCGGGCGGGCCUGACUCUGCGCGCGGUGGGCCGGGGCCACAUCAUGCAGAGGAGCAACAGCGACGUGACUUUGGGAGACUUGGACUCUGGCGGGAAGGCUGGAGGGAAAGCGACGCGGGCGGUCGGUGAGAAGGCGGGCGUGGGGGUUCAGGGGGACUCUGGGGUGCUGCUCCACAGAGAAUAUGGAAGUCUAUCCUCCCUGGAGAGACAGUCUCAAGUCCAGGAUGCAGGAACUGCAAACCGAGGGCCCCUUAGCCCAAAUGCCCUCCGCUUUAAAGACCCCUUCCUGCUCUUAGGACUCCAAGGCAACCUACCGGAACCCGAUGGCUUCUUCAGAAACUUGUCUUCUGCCACAGGGGACUCCCCAAAACCUGCAAAGCCCCCCAAGCCUGAAGGUCUCAGUAAGAAAUCCAAACCCGCGUCCCCUCAAAUCCCUCAACCCGGUCCUUAUGAUAACAUCGGGGGCGGUGCUUGGGUGAGGAACUUUGCCCAUUACGACGUUCAGAGCAUCCUGUUUGACCUCACAGAGGCGGCCACCAACCGCGACAGCAUUGGACGCAAAAAGAAUAUCACCUCAGGGGCCUCCGCUGCCUCCCAGAUGCGGCCCCUCGCCCACGGCGCGCCCUCCUCGCCCGCGCCGGGCGGCGUGGGCAACGGCGGCGUGGACGACCCCGAGCAGUCGCUGCUGCUGGAUGAGGGCGACGGCAACGACAACGAGCUCCUGCUCAGCUGCCCCCACUUCCGAAAUGAGACGGGCGGAGAGGAGCAGGUGGGCCUGGGCCGAUCGCAGGCCAGGCGGGGGCUGUGGCUGAGCCCGCGAACCCCCAAUGAUGCAGCCUCGGUCCUGGAGGAGCCCAGAGAAAGUCACAUCCAGCAGCAGGGCAAAAGCAACUAUUUCAUAGAACAUGCGGAUCUGGGGGCGCAUUAUUAUCGCAAAUAUUUCUACAUGAAAGAUCAUCAGAAUUUCUUUGGCAUGGAUGAUCGCCUCGGGCCAGUGGCCAUCAGUUUCCGCAGGGAGGAAAAGGAAGGCACCAGCGGAGCUCAGUACAAUUACCGAAUCAUCUUUCGCACCACAGAGAUGAAGACUCUGCGAGGGUCCAUCUUGGAAGAGUCCGUUCCCUCGGCCGCCCGCCACACCACCCCUCGAGGUUUGUCUCCCAAGCGGCUGCUGGAGUUCAUCAUGCCCGAACUCAACCUGCACUGCCUCCGCUUGGCUUCAAACUCCCCCAAGGUCCGCGAUACCUUGCUGAAGUUGGAUGAACAGGGGCUGAAUUUCCAGCGCAAGGUCGGCGUCAUGUACUGCCGAGCCGGCCAGAGUUCCGAGGAGGACAUGUACAACAACGAGAGCUCCGGCCCGGCGUUUGAGGAGUUUUUGGAUCUACUGGGCGAUCGUGUGCGACUGAAGGGCUGGGAGAAAUACCGAGCUCAGCUGGACAACAAGACCGACUCCACGGGGACGCAUUCCCUCUACACCCGCUACCAGGACUAUGAGAUUAUGUUCCAUGUGUCCACCAUGCUGCCCUACACAGCCAACAAUACUCAACAGUUGCUGAGGAAACGCCACAUCGGCAACGACAUUGUCACCAUCGUGUUCCAGGAGCCCGGCGCGUUGCCCUUCACGCCAAAGUCCAUCCGCUCCCACUUCCAACACGUCUUCAUCAUCGUACAGGUUCACGAACCCUGCACAGACAACACCUAUUACAGGGUGGCUGUGACACGCUCGAAAGACAUGCCAUUAUUUGGCCCGCUCUUCCCUAAGGGCGCUCUCUUCCCUCGCUCGCCGGCAUUCAGAGACUUCCUCCUGGCCAAGGCGGUCAACGCUGAGAACGCCGCCGAGAAGUCGGAAAAAUUCCGCUCGAUGGCCACCCGCACGCGACAGGAAUACCUGAAGGACUUAGCUGAAAACUACGUCACCACGACGCCCAUCGACUCCUCCACCAAGUUCCCGCUGCUCUCCCUGGGAGGCAAGCGCAAAGACAAGCUGAAGGGCGCCAAGGGGGCGGAGCUGCACAGUGCCGGGGCGCUGGUGUGGGCCGUGACGGUGGACGGCGGGGAGGACGGCGAGGCGGGAGAGCGCAAGCUGCCCUGUCUGCUGGGCGUCUCCGCCGAGUCGGUGGUGCUCAUCGAGAGGUGCACGCGCAGGGUGGUGUUUAACUGCUCCUGCAGGGACGUCAUCGGCUGGAAGGCGGUGGCCGAAACCAAAGAAGGCGGGCCCUGCUUGGACAUCUUCUAUGAGCGCGGCGAGUCGGUGUCCAUUAGCGUGAUGGAGAGCCAGGCGGAGGAUUUGAGAGAGGUGGUGCAGAGGCUGGAGUUAGUCACUCGUGGGUGCGAGGCCCUGGAAGUCACGCCGCUACGUGACGGCGUGGGCCAGCCCGGCUUUCUGAUGAACGAGGAGGGCUUUGUGACGGACCUGCAGCGGUUCUGCUACGCCGAGAGCGGCGGCCUACAGCUGUGGGCUCGCGUGGUGCGCCUGUGCGGCCAUUCCCUGGUCCACCUCAGCACGGAGGAGAGGACCAGGCUGCUCCGCACGGCGCACAAAAUCCACAUCACCGUCAUCCCGCCGGAUGAGAACGGGAAACCCCGCAGGAGCUUCUCUGAGCUGUACCAGAAAGCCAUCAAGGAUGCAGAGUGUAAGCCUGGCGAGGACCAGUCCAGUGAGGCCUGGGUGCUCGACGAGCGAGAAGAAGAGGACGAAGAAGCGGACAAGCAGCCGAAGGGGGACAGCAUCACCGAGGCGGACGCGGCCGAGGUCCAGGUGGAAGGCGACGGGGCGGAAGAGCAUCAAGGGCCAAGCGAGAGAGGUGUCGCGGACUCGCUACUGCUGCCACCAAGCCUCCCCUUGUUACGGGCCACUUCCCUGCAAGACCAAACGUCCAACCAGGACCAGGAGGGCUCGCAGCUCACACGCAGCUUCUCUUUAGAGAGGCAUUCAUCCUACAGCGACACGUGUGAGGGACACAUUUACGACAAUGUGGCCUUGAAAGAGGACCGCCACAUCUAUAAGAAUGUCGGCGAGCUGAGAGAUGCCACGCCUGAUCUAAUACUGGCGGUCAAGCCCAAAUUUGCCCUGGAGGACGAACAGUUCAUUGCGGACUUCGGUGACGACAAAGCUUCAGCGAGCGAAUCGUCUCUCUCCUCCUCCAGGUUGUCUUGUGUGGACCGAGCCGAGAGGAACUCACGAGCCUUAAGUCUUCACAACUCCAUCACCAAGAUUCUCUCGGAGACGACGGAUUCGACCGAAGAAGAGUGGCAGUCCAUCGCUGACCUGGCCACGGCCUGCCGCAGCAUCCUGGAGGCUCUGUCACGCGAGGAUCGGAAAGCUGGAGACCAAUCGGGAGGUGAGACGGAUGGCAAGAUGAACACAAGGGAGAGUGACUCUCCAGGCCACCUGGAGGAGAAAGUGUCACAGCUGGAGGCCACGCUGAAGAAGCUGCAGGAUGACCUGCAAAAGGAGAAGGAGGACAAGGCGGUGCUGCAGGCCGAGGUGCAGAGCCUGCGGCAGAACAACCAGCGGCUGCAGGAAGAGUCGCAGAGCACGGUGGCGCGCCUCAUCAAAGUCACCGAGCUUCUGUGCAACGUCAACAAACCCUGUUAGCCCCCCGCGCCGCCGCCACUAACUGCUCCUCCGGCACAACAACAAUCAGCAGAACAAUGUCAUGUGUGCGCUCAGCCUCCGAACAUGGCAUGCACAUCCUCCAUAAACUACUAG